AGCCUAACGCGUACAGCCUUAAUGUUCCUUUUGUUCGACUCACUGAUUUUUCGAGAUUGAUUGACAUCUCAUUCCGCGUUUACCUUUUCGUAUCUAUUGUGAACCUAGACUUUUAUUCAUACGCAUACGAACCAAUCAUAAAUGCAUUUCCAUAAGUCGCGAGGUGUGAGAAGGCUAUAUAAACCGACACCUUAUCACCCUCGAAUCCACUCUACACCAUCGCAUACUCUUCGACACUACGAACCUGUUCAAGUCCCAAACACCUUUCACCACUCUCGACAUCUCUCACACACUCGCAACACCUUUUCGGGUCAUUCGCACUACGGGAAGCUACCGGAACACCGCGGAGAACGGAAACAACUACUGAGCUCGCCGAAGCAUGUUGCCGGAGAUCGGAGUGCAAGCCGGAAAACCUCCACGGUUUCUUUCAGUUCGGAUAAUCGCUCUUGUUCGUUCUCUUGGAUUUUCCAAUCUUACUCGUGCAUUACUUACAAGAAAUCGCAACGCAAUCAAUGUUGAUAGUCAAGAUGAUGAAGGAAUCAAGUUAGGAUGGACUAGAUACCCAUUUUAGCAAUAAACUAUUUGUUUGAAUUUAUGUUUGGAUAUUUGAGACUUUGUAUUUUCUUCUAGUUUUAAUAAAAUAAUCUAAA